AUGGAGGCCCCUCGGUGGUGGCUGCUGGUCCCUGUGCUCAUGGCUGCGGAUCACUGUCUGGCCCUGGUUAACCGAGAAGAUUCAGAUGCCGUUGACCUCGGCCCCCAGGACACCCCUCCCAGGCCUUCCCUGCCCUGCCACAAACUUUCCGUGAGCAACAUAGACUUUGCCUUCAACCUCUACAGACAGUUGGCUUUGGAUGCCCCUGGAGAGAACAUUCUCUUUUCCCCAGUGAGCAUCUCCUUGGCCUUGGCCAUGCUCUUCCUCGGAGCCCCUGAAGCCAACAGGGCACAACUCCUGGAGGGUCUGGGGUUCAACCUCUCCGUGGUGCCUGAGGCCGAGAUCCAGGAGGGCUUCCAGGACCUGCUGCUCAGGCUCCCUGUGCAGAGCCCCCCGCUCCUCCUGACUCUGGGCCAGCGCAGGUUCGGUGGCCUGGACACUGGGACCACCCGGGACCCGGUGGGGGCCCAGAAAUGCAUCCACGAGUAUGUAGAGAAGCAGACCCAGGGGAAGCUUGGGGCCUGGGUGGAGGAACUCAGGAAUGAAACUGCAGCAGUCCUUGUGAAUCACAUGUUCCUGAGAGCCGGGUGGGCGCAACCCUUUGACCCGAGCGCCACCAGCCCAAAGGAGUUCUUUGUGGACGAGCGAAGGACCGUGUGGGUGCCCAUGAUGCGGCAGAAGGCGCGCCACCGCUUCCUGCACGACCCUGAGCUGCAGUGCACCGUGCUGCAGCUGGACCACGCCGGGAACGUCACCACCUUCUUCGUCUUCCCCAACCGGGGCCACAUGGCGCAGCUGGAAGACGCCCUGCUGCCUGAGACACUGAUCAAGUGGGACACUUUGCUCAGGUCAAGAGAACUCGAUUUCCGUUUCCCCAAAGUUUCCAUUUCCAGCACCUCCAGACUGGAGCUGCUCCUCCCCCGAGUGACUGUGGGUGGAGGCCUCCCUGGGCAGCCUGGACUGAACAUCUCCAAGGUCACUCACAAGGCUGCGAUGUCCCUGGGGGAGGAGGGCUCAGAGGCUGCUGCGGCCACGGACGUCCAGCUCAGUCCCGGGCCGCAGCCUGCCGGUGGCCCCACGCCCGCCGCAGGCACUGAGCUCAGCCGGCCCUUCCUGGUGAUGACCUUCCACACAGAAACGGGCAGCAUGCUUCUCCUGGGCAAGGUCGUGAACCCGCUGGGGGAAUGA